AUGCAUAAUCCACGAGAGUCGAAUCACGAGUGCCGGCAACCAGAGGUCCCGCUCUCAAGCCCGACUCACGCGCGUAGGAAAUCGGUUUACACCGGAGACAAAAGCGUAGCAUCGGCAAGAAAGGAACCGCAGCAGGCGCAGGUGACAGAGGCGCAAGAUGCACAACAACAAACGUCUGAGACACAUGGCAUUGCCUACUCUCCCGGUCAAGCACCAACUCCACAACCUGAGUUCGAACAAAUACCUCCCUCGCCGAUGGACUUUGAAUCAGACAAUCCUGAUACUUCAAACCCGACCGACGACGAGAUCUUCCUGGACAUUUGCGCAUACAUCCACGAGGAAAUGGACCCCGGUGGUCAGCACCAUGCUUCGUGGUGUUUCGAAAACGCCGACCAAAGACCUCCAAUCACACCCGAAAGCUUAGCUGAGCUCGACAUGCCUCGAAUUAUAAACAACCCCAAGCUACGGCAUGAUGUCAACUUUGACCGCGAACUACACUUCCGACCGAACUUGGAUGGAUCAAAAGGCAGGCAGAAGAUGUUGCAAGCAGAUCAGUAUUGGCGAGCACUUGAGGCCGAGUUGGUCAUGCUCAACUUCGUCGCAACACGACGGGCAACGAGCGCGGACAACGAGGACUACUGGAACAGAUGCAUGAGAGGCUGCAUGGUGAGAUUGCCCAAGAUCUUUCAUGCGAUCCGGGACAUCCUCAAAACACUGGUUCCAGACUAUGACCAAAAGGCUGUUUUGGAGCGAUUAGAAGUCGAUCACAUCAUGCAACAGAUUCAGAACGGAGUGUGUGACCUUGUCGACCUCGGAAAUUGGCUAGCAAAGGUCCUGAAAAAUCACUGUGCGCCCAUGCGGGAUAUGCUGGUAGAUUCCAUGCAAAAGGAGAUCCGACGAGGCGCCACAGAAGGCAAGCACGAGAAGCUUGUGUCGGGGUUGAGGCAGCUCAUGAACAUCCUCGAGGCCAUGAAGCUGGACGUCGCGAACCAUCAGAUAAGACACAUGCGACCUCUUUUGAUCGAUGACACGAUCAACUUUCAACGGCGAUACAACAUGCACCGAAUAGCGAUUGGUAAGAUCAACAUGCCUGAAUCUCGAGAUUGGCUGCAAGAGUGCCUGCCUGAUCAAGAUUCCCACCUCGAUGCUCUCACCUUCGGUCUCAUCCGGGACAUGCUCAACAACGAUUUGGCGCACAUGUGUCCGCAGACCUUCUACCUGGAUACUGAUCGCCUGCGCGCACUGAGAGUGGAACUGCACAGCCGCGUGUAUCAGUACGUGUGCCGCGACGUACUGAAGGAGAUAACACCUCCUGGGAUGAGCGCAGUAGACUUCGCAAAGGCGUGCGAUAUGCUUCAAAGCUCCAUCUCGGCCAUCGUCGGUGUGCAAGGACGUUUUGCCGACCGCUUCGACAACAUCGCUGUUGAAAUUGUUCGCGUGUCACUUGUGGCGCGCGGGCAGAACCCACUAUUCGAUGUCGAACUCCUCAACGUCGUGGAGCAGAAGCUUGCCGAAUACCUCCAACCCGAUUCUGAAUCAUUCACCAGACAUGCUGCUGUCCUGACACGAAACUUGGUCCCCAAAGUUCAAGCGCGCGUAGCCGAACAUGUGCGGAUGUCGGCGCUUGACCUUCAAGACAUGCUUGUGCCGCAAGUCACUUCCACAAAUCGCACCUCGAUGGGUUUUGGUGCGGUCAUGGAGCCUGUGCCAUCCGCGCCUGUCACACCAGCGGAUGCAGACGAAGAUAUCAUCCGCCGCUUCACCCACAUCAUCGCACUUCACUGGCAAGUCUGGUCGGAGCUGGUCUACCUUGCCAACAAUCCUCUGAAAUCUGAUGAUGACUCUGCAUCUGAAAGCGGAAGUGAGGGCACAAUGGUCACGUCUGCACAAGGAAGCCCGACGGUGCCCGUAGCGACGGCCAUCUACGCCCCUGGCCGCAAAUGGCUACCCGUGAGCGUCACCGUGACAGACGUGCCCAGCCAAAUGUCGGCGCCAGAAUCGUCGUCCGGACCAAGUCAGCAAUCGAAGAAGGACGGCGAAGCAGAGCAGACGGGCGACGAUGCACCCGAGACUUCACAACAGCGAAGGCAACCCGCAUAA